AUGGCAUUUGGUGAUCGUGGACGUGGUGGCCCUCCGGGCCGUGGACGUGGUGGCCCGCCUGGCCGUGGCGGUCGCGGCGGUGGCCGUGGCGGCUUCGGCGGCGGUGGACGCGGUGGCUUUGGCGGCGGCGGCCGCGGCGGUGCUCGUGGCGGCCGUGGUGGCCCCCCUCGCGGCGGCGGCCGUGGCCGCGGUGCUCCCCGCGGUGGCCGUGGUGGCGGCCGUGGUGGCGGCUCGAACGUUGUCGUCAAGCCUCACCGUCACGACGGUGUGUUUGUGGCCGAGGGCAAGGAGCACCUGCUGGUGACCAAGAACCUUGUGCCUGGCGAGUCGGUCUACGGCGAGAAGCGCGUCUCGGUCGAGAACCCUAACGCUGCGCCGAGCACCGACGAUGCGCCGACUGUCGCCAAGACCGAGUACCGUGUGUGGAACCCUUUCCGCUCGAAGCUUGCUGCCGGUGUCCUGGGUGGUCUCGACAGCAUCCACAUUCGGCCGGGCGCCAAGGUGCUCUACCUCGGUGCCGCGAGCGGUACCAGUGUGAGCCACGUCGCUGACAUUGUCGGCCCCGAGGGUGUCGUAUACGCCGUGGAGUUCUCCCACCGGUCAGGCCGUGAUCUGAUUAACAUGGCCAAGAAGCGGACAAACGUGAUUCCGAUCAUUGAGGAUGCGCGUCACCCGACCAAGUACCGCAUGCUCGUCGGCUCGGUCGACGUGGUGUUUGCCGACGUUGCCCAGCCCGACCAGGCUCGUAUCGUGGCAUACAACUCGGAGUAUUUCCUGAAGAACGGCGGCCACGCCGUUAUCUCGAUCAAGGCUAGCUGCAUUGACUCUACUGCGCAGCCUGAGGCGGUGUUCGCCGAGGAGGUCAACAAGCUGAAGAAGAGCUCGUUCCGUCCCAGGGAGCAGCUUACUCUUGAGCCGUACGAGCGUGACCACGCCAUGCUGGUCGCUCAAUACCAAAGGGUACGUUUCGCUGAAAAAGAAUGGCUAACCACAGCACAAGUAAUGUAG